AUUUCUAAGGAACGAAAAAGAGGUCUCGAAUGCAUCCUCCUGCAGUCAGCCAAUCACGAUCCUGCCUCCAUCCAAUCAUGAACAAUAACUGCACGAUGGAACAAGUCCUCGACGCGCGCUUUUUUAGUUUUACAUAAAAGUUUAGCGUCUGUAAGUUGCUUAGAUUUAGAUGUCUUAUUGAUAAAUUUAGCUUCUUCUUGGGUUGAAAAAGCAAAGUUAGUUACAAAGUAGAAAUUAGCGCUUGGUGCCGCAAUUUCCUGCUCAAUGCCGAGUUUGAGUCAUUCUGGAUGCCAAAUAAUAUAAAGUCAAGCCAUCCAAAAUGCCGUUACUGAGGGGAAAACCAUUUCGUCCCAAGAUUCAACCAAAUGGUCUAAAAGCAGAAGACGAAGUAUUUUUCUUCGAGCUAACUGACGAAGUGUUUACUGACUACGAUGAAUUUUUUGAAAGAGUAAUUUUGUGCAACAGUCUCCUUUGGACAUGCGAAGGCACGGGUCGAAGUGGCCUUACAUACAAAGAGGCCACAGAAUCAGAGGAAAGUGUCCGAAAGGCAUUGGAAGCUGUCCCUGAUGCGACAAAGAGAGCUGUGCUGCUUUUAGUUCAUCAAACAAAGCGAAGUCGUAUCGGAGAUCUUUGUGAAGAGAUUAUGGAUUACCUCAAAAAACGUUACCAGGAAGGGGAAAUCGUGGAAGUAAAAGUCAAGGACCAAUGGAAAAGGGCCAAGAUCGAGAAAGUCCAUGCAACAAGUUCUGAAAAUAAAUUAGAUGGAACUCCAAAGAAGCUAGUUGAUGAAGCUUCUCCUAACAAGCAAGAGAAUGAUACUGGUGUAUUGACACCAAAAAAGAAGACACCAAAGAAAGGAGGCAAUGAUCCCCAAGGCUUAGCAUUAUCACCAAAGAAAAAUCUUGCAGAUGAAUUUGUAUAUGAAGUGAAGCCAAGCAAAUCAGAGGCUUCAUCAGAUGUACUGCAAUGUAAAGGAAAAGAAAUGAGGAGAUGCAGAGGAGUCUUAACAAGAGACAUCAUCAGACUUCUGCUAAGGCAAACUUGCAAGAGAACAACAGCCUUGUCUGAAAGUGGUUACUGGAUAGUUGAGCCUGACUUUGUUGCCAAAUAUGCCCUUGGAGCAGCCCAUAUAUCGGGACCUCUCUCUGCAGAAACACCACUAAAACUGAAAAACAAAAGGAAAAGGUCUUCUGGCAAGUUUAACAGUAAUGAUGAUAAUUUGACACCUUCAAAGAAGCGGAAAUCGUCUGAUUCAAAUUUGGCGUCAUCUUCAGAGGGCAAGAAAUCAAAAAUACCAAAAGGGAAUGUGAAUCAGUCUGAUUCAGGGGCAAAAAAGCAGAGGAAAAGUUUGAGUACAGAACAGAAAGAAGAACAAUUAAGAGAGAAACUGAAAAAUAUGACACCUGCAAGGAAAAAGAAAUUCUUGGAAAAACAGAAGCUGAAGGAGCAAGCUCAGAAAGAGAAAAUAAAGCAGAAAAAAUUAGUGGAAAAAGAAAAGGAAAAGGAAAGAUUGAAAAAGGAAAAGGAGGAGGAAAAACAAAAAAGGAAGUUUGAAAGAGAAAAGGAGAGAGAACGCACAACAGAAAUAAGGAAGCUAGAAACCGAAUUCCUGAGGGAGUGGACGAGGGUCAGGGAUGAUCUAUUAUUGGAAGAUCUGAAAGAACUGCCCGAGCCUCAAGGCUUAGCAACAAAGAUGCAGGGUGAUUUGUUUGGUGAUGCACUGAUGGUUGUCGAGUUUCUAAAUAUAUUUGGCGCAUUCUACGAUAUCAAAGACUCGUUUCAACAAGAUAUAACAUAUGGCUUUGUGGAAGCUGCCCUUCACGAGCACGAUGCUGAGGGAUCUUUCUAUGAUAUCGUUAAGUUCCUCUUGCAAACAUUCUUCACGAUUUCUAAGGAAGAAAACGAAGAGGAUGUGAAUGACGACGACUCAACGAACGGAACUAACACUCCAGAUGAGCCUGAAAUGGAACUGGAACAGUACCAGGAACACGAACACGGACACGUAUCUUCAAAUGCCACUGCUGCCGCUGCCUGGUCGAUGCUGCAUCAAGGGAUGGCUCUAGACGAGUUGACUAUAGAUCCGUUCACCCUAACUGAAGUACUUCGCUUGCACAUACUUUCUUCAGGAGUGAAAAUUGGAGGGAAUAGAAACAUGUGGCAAACGAAAGAAGGAUUUCAGUUCAGUGACGACCCCUGCGUAGAUUUUCGACAUAAGGAGAAAUCGAUUCUCACUACGCUCCACACAAAUUGUCUGUACGACCUGCCUAUCCAGGACAAGCUUAAAAUCCUUUGCGUUCUCUGCAAUCAAAUUUUGACUUUGACAACAACAAGAGACUAUAUCGAAGACUCCUUUGAAAAGGUAAAAGAAUUGAAGAAGAAGCUCAGAGAGUUGCAAAAUGCAGAACAAAAAAGACGAAAACUUGAUUCAGCUGGACGAUGGAGAAGGAAAAUGGAAGAGAGUGCAAGAAAAAAAGAAGAACAGGAGAAAAAGAAGAAAGAGAAAGAAGCCAGGGAAAACGAAUCUAAAGCCGAUCAAGGAACAAGCCCCGCUCCUACAACUUCCAACAAGAAACGCGGGAGAAAAUCGAAGUCCGAGGAAGGUAAAAUUAAUGCAACUGAAAACAAACAACAGGAUAACAAAAUUGACCAAGAUCUUGAUAUGUCUACGGGUAUAGAAGGAAAGAAGGACGAUCAACCGGAAGAAGAAAAGGAAGAAGAGCACAGAAAGCGGGAAGAAUUCAAAAGGCAAGAACAGGAGUUGCUUGAAGAGAUCUCUAAAUAUUCUUCAAUUCGGUCAGUGGCACCGCUCGGUCUUGACCGCAUUUACAAUCGUUAUUGGUCUUUCAGACAUGUUGAUGGCUUGUUUGUAGAAGCUGAUGAAAAGGCGAAACAGCUAGCAGAGAAUGUUGGUGACAAGUUUGAUGAAAACGAGUAUGAUUGUAGCGAAGAUUCCCAGACGAAGGGCAUCGACGACGACUUUGCCGAGACAAAGCAGGACUCUGAGAGCAGAACAGUAUUCCCUAAAGUGUCGCUUAAUGAAAUCAUAAAACUGAAAAACGACGGAAAACCUUUUUGUGAUACUUUGUUUAAAAAAUAUCGAUGUAAAAUGGAUGACCAAAGACGUAAGUUGAUUCCUCAUAGUAAAGUCAUUAGUACUGUAAUAGAAAAUGUCAGGAAGGGGAUGGAUCCACACGUUUACGCGAAGAAAUGUCGCUACCCAUGGUCUGCGUAUGGAGCAACAAACGAAAUUGACCACUUGAUUGACAGUUUAAGCCCAAGGGGACGACGCGAAUUCAGACUGAAAGGAAAAUUGGACAAAAUCUCGGAGAAACUUGGAAUGGCUAUUGGCAACUGUACGCUCUUGACAGCAGUUAAGGAAGAGGAUCAUGGGAAGACUCGGCAAUCAAAACAGGAAAUCGACAAGUCAUUGUUUAAGAGUAUGGAGGAUUUCUUAGAAGCAAAUCUACGUGAUCAGCUGCUUGAAUUUGAAGAGAGACUUUGGCUAGCCAGUUUAGGGAUUAUUAAGGUCGAUGAUAGGGAAAAGUGGCGAGAACAAGUUGGAAGCAGAAUUAACGAAUUAUUGUCUGGCUGUGUGGAAAACGAUGAUUGCGGAAGGAAGAUUGUCACUGAGGGAGACAUUGACAAUGCGGUGGAACAUAAGGAGCCUUUACAGUUUUCAGAAGAUGCAGAAAUGAGACCGGCUGAAAAUGGUCAAUCGCCCAAGGAGGACUUUCCAGAUAAAGACAAGAUGGAAGUCGAUGAAGGUCCAAAUACCAACACCAAACUGGAUGAUUCCUUAGGCAGUGAGAUUGGCUUGGAUUCUACCCCUGUCGUAUUGCAAGACUCUGCAUUUAAGAGCCUAACUUUGAAGUUUAUUGAGAAGAACAAUCCAAACAAGGAAAGCUCAAGAUGCAGUACCCCCGUCAGUAUUUCCACUCCAAUGAUCAAUCCAAGAGUUAAGACGUUGGCUACUGCAUUAUAUCAGAUUGAAAGAGGAAUUGAUCCAAAAUACCUGAAGCCUCCUCUUGGUGAAGACGAAGAGACAAAACGUGAAAGAAUCCGAGAAAUGAUCGAAGCUGCGCACGCGGAUGGAACUGAGAAGACGGACAAGCCAAAACGUGACGACAAAAAGAAAGCUCCUAGCACCAAAGCUGAUUUGAACGGAACGGACCAUGUGUCAGAGGCUGAUGAUGAUAAAAAGAGUGUUACGUCGAAUGCGCCGUCUGAGGAGUCGUUGAGGAAAGAGAUAACGAGUUUGGAAAGAUGGGAAGCUUCUUUGAAUGCUGCAACCAACUUUUCGCAACUAUUUAUUCAUCUGAAUACACUAGACAGAUCGGUUAUGUGGAAUAAAUCGGUGUUGAACGCAAGAUGCAGAAUAUGCCGAAAGAAAGGUGACGCCGAGAAGAUGCUGUUGUGCGAUGGCUGUGAUCGUGGCUUCCAUAUGUAUUGCUUGAAGCCUCCUGUUAAGAAAAUUCCUGAAGGAGAUUGGUUUUGCACGGACUGCAGGCCAAAAGAACCAAAGCGGAUGCAGCGAAGUAGAAGGAGACCAACAAAGCUGGAAGAAUUUGUUGAUGAUAUUGAAGAAGAUGCAGCAACAGAACAGACUGAUGAAGUCGAAGAUGCUAUUGAAAGUGACGAGGAAGAAGAUGACGAAGAAUCAGGUGAAGAAGAUGAGCCGGCUGACGAGCAUGAAGAUCAUUGUGCUGUCUGUGAGGAGCAUGGAGACUUGCUUUGUUGUGACAGCUGCUCCCGUGCAUUCCAUUUGAACUGUGUAUACCCCCCUAUUCGAAAGGUACCGCGAGGAGACUGGUCUUGUCAAGUAUGUACUGGUGCUGAGUUGGAUCUAUCGAAAGCCAGGAGGGUCACUACUAAAGAGCGUCAGAGAGAAAAACUGAAAAAGCUAGAGUCUAAAGGCAAUGAUUCAAAAACGAAGAAAUCUACUCGAGGACCAAGCGAAAAAAAACGAUAUUCUUCACCAGGACCGGCGAGAAGUCGUAGACAACGCGAAUCUUCUGGAAAACAAGAAAACGGUAGUCGACCUGGUGCCGGUUCGAGAAGAUCAAUUGGGGAUCCGACGGCAAACAGCAGUAGAAGAAAAUCAGAAAAUUUUGGAAGAUACGAGCGAAGACUUUGCUCUAAAUUAGUGGAAGAGCUCUUGGCAGCAGAUGAUGCAGAACCGUUCUUAUUGCCAGUCGAUACAAAAGUGGUUCCAGAUUACCUUGAUUUCAUUGAUCACCCUAUGGAUCUGAGUACCGUGAAACAGAACCUCAACAAUGGAUCCUAUGGCUCUCUGCAACAGUUCCUCGAUGACGUCAGACUAAUGUUCACCAAUUGUGAAACGUACAAUCCGCCUCGGUCAGGGGUUGCACGCGCUGGGUCUCGUUUAUCAAUUUAUUUUGAACAGAGGCUGUGUGAAUUAGAACUUGUUGAAGUGUAAUUUACAAAAUUGUGCCUCUUUUCUGUUGUCAGUGUAAUUUUCUUUUUUGGUCAAGUUUAAUAGCCACGGCGUUCAUCCGUUACUUAAAAAAUUAUGUUUCAUUUGUGAUUCACCAGACAUCUUCCUUCUUUUGUUUCGUGCUUAAAUUUUGUGCCAUUACUAGGGUUUCAAAUCAUAUCAAUAAUUUCCUCAAAAGGAUUAUCUUCCCUUUCUGAUGUUGCAAAAGAUAUAACAUCCACACAAUUCUCAGAAAUUGAUUUUUGUAGAAUCCCAUUAAUUUACGGGAAUUUUUGUGAACAAAAUGUGUUGUUUGUAUUCGUAUUGUCAGUGGUUUUUUAUUAAGUUAAUGCCCUAAACAACGCUAGGUUAUAAAGUAGAGUUAUAAAGGUUAUAACUGCUUCUUAUUGUUACCUAUUUCAAUUUUUCUCUUGCGUACGACGCAAUAAAGGUAACAGGCGACUUAUGUCACAGCAGAUAUGUGCCUAGCUUUAUUAAAUAAUGUUCCUGCUUCCCUUGCAUGCUUCUCCCAUCCCACAGGUUUACACUGCAACAUGCCACAGGUCAAAUUAAUUUCUCACGACUCUCCCGAUUAGCACACGAUCACAACUACCCCGUCCCAAAUAAUACACAAUCACCCCCCCUCUCCCCUUAAAAAAAUAUUAGUGCAUGAUCACAACAUUACACAAAGCUUAUGAAAACGCCUUCAAAUAGGACAAGAUCAGAGCCCCCCUUAAAAGCUAUCAGCAUUUACCAACAAUAAUUUACGGUUACCCAAGAUUCAAUGAUUCCGUUACACCCAACAUGCCAGGUCUGAUAUUUCAUUUUACACUUUGCCUUUUCUCCAAACGUGUUUCGUUGGCACUUAUUUUAUGUCUGGAUGAGCUAAUUAUGGGACAGUGAGUUUGUGGUAUAAUGAGAAAUAUAAUAUUAAUACGAAAAUGAUCUGUUUUCUUUUCGAAAUGUUUUAUCAAAUUAUAUCAGUUUCAUGUUAAAACGGUUUGCAGUUAGAAAUGCAAUUUGUUAGAAAUGCAAUUAAUUAAAUGGAUAUUCAUAAAUAGCUGGUGCUAUCCUGGAUGCAAAAUCAUUUUCUUAUGAAUUUACAAAUCUGUUGAAACAAUAAUGUGACAGUUUUA